AUGGCGACCACAGCCGGAUCUCAUCUAAAACAAGGGGAGGGAGAGGAUGGACAGGAUUCUCCUCGUACCCACACGUGCAGCUAUGGUGACAAGGAGUUUCCCAUCAAAGGUAGCCUCGAUCUUCACCUGCGAACUCACACAUGUGAGAAACUAUACACGUGUGAUGACUGCGGGAAACGAUUUAGUCAGCAAGGUCAUCUGGAGGACCACAUGAGCACUCACACCGGUGAGCGACCAUACGAGUGUGAAUAUUGCAACAAGUGCUUCAGUCAGUCAUCUCAUCUGAAGGCUCACAGACCAUACCAGUGUGAUGAAUGCGGGAAACGGUAUAUUCAGCUAUGUAAUCUGAAAGACCACAUGAGAACUCACACCGGCGAGAGACCGUACGAGUGUGAAUAUUGCAACAAGUGCUUCACUCGGAGAAAGCCGUACAGAUGCGAUAAGUGCAGCAAACAGUUCACUCAGUUCGCAAAUCUUAAGAGGCACAUACGGAUCCACACCGGUGAAAAACUCUACACGUGUGAGGAGCGCGGCAAACAGUUUAUUCAGUUCUCGAAUCUGAAGAGUCAUAUGCGGACUCACACUGGCGAGACACCGUACACGUGUGUUGUGAGUUUGGAGUAG